GGGCCAAAAUCGAAGAUGCCUAAAUCUGGAAAGAUUGAGGUGGUUGCGUGCUGUGAAGCCGGUUCUCGUGGAACGAAGAUUAGUUGUGAAUUCUGCGCCAAGAGCUGGCAUAUAAAGUGCGCCAAUAUUACUGCGAACGCACUCAAAACACUUCGCGACACUGGUGGUGCGUGUUGGCUUUGCCCGACGUGCAGAUCACCAGAUGGAAGACAACCUGCUUCGAGUGAUACCAGCAAGCUGAUCCUCCAGCGUGUCACAUCUGCGCUGUUGCUCAUCGGGAAUUUGACGGAUACAAUGCGAGUCUUCUGUCGGAUGUACUCUGCAUCGCUCUCGACGCCCGUUAAGACGCUGCCGGCUGCUCUUGAUCCUGACCUCUCCGACGCCUUUCACGCCAAUCUGAGCAAUCUUUUUGACUCGAUUCUUGGUGAUGGGAACAAAAGACCCCGUACGAGCAGCUUGUCCAGGCCAUCUGAAGUUCAACCCGAGAAAAUUCUGAGAGUUGACAUUCCGGUUGACCAAACUAUCGAGUCAAACAUUACAGUUCCUCCCGUUUCAGACGCUGCUGGCACUUUCCCGACGGCCACACCAGAAAAUUUGGCCGCGACUCUGCUGGCCGCCGCUGUACUCGGCGUUUCUCCUUCGGCUUCCCAGCAAUUGCCCGCCGCCGCCGUUGCCGCUGCCACCGCCGCCGCCUCGCCAGUCACUCCGCUGGCUAUCUCUCAGCAGCUCGGCGCUUCUCAGCCGGCCGGUUUCCAGCAAUCCCCAACCGCCGAAACCGCCGCCCUCCCGCCGGUUGCCAAUCCGCAAGUAGCCGCCGUCGCAGCAAUUCCGCCUACAAUUCAGUCCGGCGUACUACCGCUGAUCUCCCCUCAGCAAGUAGCCGACCUGUCGCAGAUGGAUUUGUCGUCCCCGCAGCCUCUAGUUUCGCCACCACCGACCAUGCUUUCCGCCCAGCCUCUGGUCAAGCCUCAGCCGCCGCCGCCGCAAAUCAUGCCCUCGCUCCAGCCUCUGAUUUCGCCGCCACCGCCGCUAACACUGGCUCCGCCUCCGCCUCUGAUUACGCAGCCGCUGCAGACUGCGCCGCUAGCAUCAACCUCUGCUGUUACACCCAGCUUCCACAACGAACUUGCCGCCCGCUCUUCAGCAGUUAUCAACACCAACCAACAAUCGACAAGACCUACUGUUAAUUUUAUACCAUACCCGACCAGUUUUACCGUAACCGAAGGAAAUCAUAUUAACGUUUAUGGACCUAGUCCACCACUGCUUGAUCAGCAGCUUACAGUCAGUUCCACCCAGAAUGCUCAAACACGCCAAACAAAUUGUAUGCCACACUGCCACACACCACUCAAACCACUUUAGACCACAAUCAAACAUCGAUCAGUCUCAAUCAGCCCCACCAUACAUUACUUGUAGCCCAUCUUGCGCAACCAGCACCAGAGCUGAAAUGGUAUUACGUUUCUCGAUUCUUGCCAAACGAGACUCCCGAAAACUUGAUUCGCUACAUUCGAAACCAAACGAAUUGUGACCCAACCUCAAUCGUGUGCCAGAAGCUAGUUCGCAAAAAUCGUAAUUCGAACAGACCUCUCACAUUUCUCUCAUUCAAACUAAGUGUCCCUGAAUCGAUCGAGAACUCAGUCACUGCUGCUGAUUUUUGGCCUGAAGGAGUUACCAUUAAGCCUUUUUUUUAUCGAAUCGACAACCCGCCGAACAAACUGGUCCUCCCCUGUACAGCCUCCAGCAGCAGAACAG